CUUCCGCCAUGUUUUUAAUGGUUUACGAGUAGAAGAACAGGAUAUAUUUAAUCUUUUUUUAAGUAGAACAUAAUACAGAUAAAUUCAUGUUGAAAGAUGGAAUGCUGCAAACCCAGUGAUCCGGCGAGAAGAACUAGUAAAUUAAUAGAUAAGAAGAUUGCAGCUUGGAUGAAGGAAUAUUGCAGGACUAUUAAAAUAUUACUACUAGGAGCUGGAGAAUCAGGUAAAACCACCAUCAUUAAACAAAUGAAAAUCAUUCACAUUCAAGGAUUUUCAGACAGCGAAAGGCAGGAGAAGAUUAAAGACAUCAGAAGAAAUAUAUUAGAAGCUAUUAAAGAAUUAACAGGGAACAUGGCUUAUAUAAAACCACCCAUCGAUCUGAAUAAUCCCGAUUUGCAAGACAGCCUGGGUUAUAUACAAAGCUUAAAUAUGGUGGAAGAAUAUGAUUUCCCUCAGGAAUUCUUCGAUCACACGGAACUAUUGUGGAGAGAUUUAGGAAUUCAAGAAUGUUACUCACGAUCUAACGAGUUUAAUCUUAUCGAUUCUGCAAAAUAUUUUUUAGACAGAAUCAAUACAAUCAGACAAGUGGAUUAUAUGCCUUCAGAUCAGGAUAUUCUAUGUUGUAGAAAGAGGACAAAUGAGAUUCAAAAAAUUGAAUUUACAAUAAAAGUGCCAAAGAAAUAUGGAGGAGGCAAACAAGCAUUUUGGAUGUUCGACGUCGGAGGACAGAGAGGAGAGAGAAAAAAAUGGAUACAGGUUUUCGACGGAAUAGCCGCCGUCCUUUUUCUUGUUUCUAGCAGUGGAUUCGACAUGAAACUCCGAGAAGAUCAAGAAACGAACAGAUUAACUGAAGCACUUCAACUGUUUGAAGAUGUAUGGUAUAGCAGAUUUCUGAGAGAUGCGGGAUUUAUAGUUUUCCUGAAUAAGCAAGAUAUUUUGAAAGAGAAAAUUGAAAGAGGUGUCAAGCUACAGAAAUAUUUUCCAGAAUAUUCUAAUUAUACUGUGAAUCCUGCUGAUGGUGACGGCACUGAUGAUUAUCAGAAGGCAAGAUGUUUUAUAAGAGACAAAUUUAUGGAAGUUACAAAAAAAGUUGAAGCACCUCGAAGAUUUAGUACGUCAGAAAUGUAUUAUGACAUUCAUAAAGACUUAAAGAAAAGAGAAUGUUUUUGGCAUUUUACAGUGGCCACUGACACCAACAACAUUAAGACAGUGUUCAAUGACAUCCAUACCAUGAUCAUAUUAUGGAAUCUAGAAAAAAUUACUCCUAACUGA